GUAUUAAAAAUCAAAAAUAUUUUGCCAAUUCAAAUUCAAUACUGAAAAGGUUUGAUACUGCUUCAAAAUUUCUCGUUACUUGCAGCAACAGCUGCAUUAGCACCAGACGCAUUAACUUAGUCAUCCGAAGAUUAAUCACUGGCAUUAGCAAUCCAUUUUAAAAUGAGUCAGGCAUCAACGAGUGCAUUCAAUACACGAAACAGAUAUUAUAAUCCUGUCUCCAGAAUACAGACACUCAUACAAAAUUUGGAUGCGGAAUUAAUCACGCUUUGUAAACAAUGCUCCAUGCCAAACAAUGUAGGUGGCAACAGUUUGAAUAAAAGUUCUCUUUUGGCGCAGGGAGGAAGCCAACAUCAUACUCAUGCCAGCUCCGCGAAUAUCGUCGUGUCACAGGUGCGUCCCACAAGUAUUACAAAUUCGGCAGGCGCAUUAGCGCCUGAUGCACACAAACGUCAGCUGCGUAAUACUUAUCGGACACGGGUCAUUGAUGCUUAUCGAAAUCGAAGAAUUUUUACCGUGUACGGUAACUAUCAUACAGUAAGACGCGCUCUGGUGCGUCGCGGUUGGUUGGAGAAGCUGCCGGCAAAUCGUCAUGCUAAAUUACAGACCAUGUCAGAAGAUUCACUUUUAGAACUGGCGCGACGUGGCAAUGAGUAUGAAGCAGUUGUCUUAUCCAAGAUGAUCAAUAAUUUUCCCGCCUUCUUCAUCUGGCAAACGAAAGGCGCUCGGGACACAUUUCCGGAAGUCAAGCCCUAUCGAAAUCGUGUAAGACGCAGUCAGUUUCUUGAUUUCUCUACGAAAGUCGGUCUGGUUGGUUGCGCUGAGCAAGAACGUUGGUUUCGCGAAGACGGCAUUUGUGGAAUGAGCUAUCCGCGCGUCUACCGCUUGGGCGCAAAUAGCAUGGAGGAACGUGCUGCCUUUAUAGAAGAUUUCCAUCAUACUCAGGCACGUGCUUUGUUGCGCUAUAUAAAGGAGCACCGUCCUAUCGAUAUGGUUGAUAUUGAACAUGGUGCCGUAAUAAGCACAACGAUUGACUUUGCUUUGAAUAAGAUAAAGAACAUGAUUAGACAAAAAGAGCAUUAUUCGCUUGACGAUGCACGUAUUAAAAUGCUAACGCCAACUGAAAUGGUUGAGAAUCAAUCGUUCAUGAUGCAGUCAUCUAAGGUACUUCAGACGAAUGCCAAGUUUAAGGUUAACGAAAAGGUCAUGGCGGAAUAUGCUCGACUUGCUGCUCAAUACUUGGAUCAAAUUGAAUCAUUGCGUCCAGAUUAUCGGUGGGAUGGUUGCCGUAAUCUCUGGAUAUUAAAGCCCGGAUAUCAGUCUCGCGGUAUUGGAAUCGUUAUACGUAAUUCCUUGGAUGAUAUUCUUCAAUGGACAUCAAACAAUCAAAAUCGAAAAUACAUUGUACAAAAAUAUAUUGAACGGCCAUGUCUGAUUUAUCGCACUAAGUUUGAUAUUCGUCAGUAUAUGUUGCUCACAAUAAGUGAUGCACAGGUAUCCAUUUGGAUAUAUAAGGAUUGCUAUCUACGUUUCAGUUCGCAAGAGUUUACAAUGGAUGAUUUACGGGAAUCCAUACAUCUUACUAACAAUUCAGUGCAGAAGCGUUAUAAGAACAAGAUGACAAGAGACUCUCGGCUACCGAAGAAUAAUAUGUGGUCGCUCGAUCAGUUUAAAUGUCACUUGCGUCACGUAGGUGCGCCCGAUGGUACUUGGGCGAAGAUAUACGAUGGUUUCAAACAGAAUUUGACAGCUGUGGUUUUGGCCAGUUUAGAUGAAACCGAGUUGACGCCAAACGCAUUCGAGAUAUAUGGCUGUGACUUUAUGCUAGAUGAAUAUUAUAAUCCCAUACUGAUUGAGAUUAACUCCACACCGGACUUAUCACCUUCCACGGAAGUGACUGCAAGGAUUUGCCCUUUGGCCGUAAGGGAUUGUAUACGCGUAGUUUUGGAUUUUCCACGGAACCCCAUGGCAUCUACAGGUCAAUUCGAGCGCGCGUUUCAAGUCAAUUACAGUGUAAAUAAGGAACAAGAUGGCACGCGACCCCUUGAACUCAAUGGUACCCAAAUGAAGCUUUUCGAAUCUUUGCCAAAAUUGAGGGUGAAUCAUCGAAGCGGUCUACUUCGCAAGAUCCUUAAUAAUGUCUCACCCUCAAACAAAUUAAACAAAGAUAAAUUUAAAGAAAAGAAUGCCAAAAUUACUGGAGGUAAGACGGGAAGUAAAAAACUAUCAAGAGAAAGCUCUAAAGCUCUUGAUCUAGGCAUUAGGACGACUUUAAACUCCACAACACGUGAGAACCUGGCACUUCAGUAUACUGCACCUAAAUAAAAGUUUGCGCGUCAUAGCUCUUAUCUGAAAUAAAUUAAUCUUAUCGAAUAACAGUUAAUAUAUCACCA